AUGGGCAUUGAUGUACCAACUGUUUCAGCAGAGCCAGUGCCCAAGACAGCAUCCCUUGACACUCCCAAGGGAGCUCCCAAGACUGCGCCCAAGCCCUCGUUCCUCACUGCGUGCCAAAGCCACCCACCUUUCGGCUUCUCAAAACUGUGUAAGCCCUGGGAAAAAGAAUUGAAUCCUAUCCAGGACAAACUGGCCACACCGCACAGUGUGCAUGUCACCCACUGUGUAAUUGCACAGUGUAACCAUGAUAUACUCAGCUAUGUUCUGGACACGAGACGGCCUGGAGCAGAAAUUAUUAUAAAAGAAGGGCCCACAUGUCUCACCCGUGAAGAGUUUUGGAGCCUAGGGUUACCAAGAGACAUGGAUUCCCAGAUUGGGAAUGCCUGCUUCAAACUGAUUCAUGAAGCAGCUCAGCCACAUGGAAAAGACAUAUAUAUAGAGGACAUGUACGUAAUUCCUACAUGGAAGUGUACACCAAAAAACAUGGCUGUCAACUUUCCAGAGGAUGUUGACAUGAAAGACUUGUUGGUGUUUCCAGCAUGGACCAACUCAAAUGGGCCAGAACACUUCGUUCUCUGUGUAAGGGAUUGGUACUGUUACAAGAUUCUAGAUAGUACAUGUAGUGGUAAUUGUUAAAUCAUGAAAGUUCAAACUGUCAAUUCCAGCUCUACUUUUUGUCCUAAUGACUCUUAAAAUGUUGUGUAUCUUUUACCAAAUAUCACAUUAUAGAUCAUGAAGCCACUCAUGAGAGAGAUUGUCUUUUUAGACUCACUGUACGCAAUGCAUGAGUCUGGAUUUGGUGAUGAUGAGUACAGAGCCAUUUUUAGGUUCACAAAUGAGGCAUACUGUUUGACAUGUUCAUAUAACAAUUUAUAUUUUCGGCUACGUUCUUAUAGCCUGUACUGAUAUAUUUCGGCUACGUUCUUA